ACAGGCAGUUGACUGUGCUUGUAGCCAGUGAGGACUCAAGUUACAUGCCAGCUCGCAUUGUAGUCCUAGGAGGAGAUGAUCCCACAAACAUCAAUACUGAACUCAACACUGUAAAUGUGGCACCCUCCGCCAGUCAUGUGUUUUUGCUGGAGAAUAUGACCCGCUUCUGGCCCAUCAUUCAGAUCAGAGUCAAAAGAUGUCAACAGGGUGGCAUUGACACACGAGUGCAUGGGUUUGAGGUUCUGGGGCCGAAGCCCACGUUCUGGCCGGUGUUUAGGGAGCAGCUGUGCUGCCGCACUUAUCUCUUCUAUACGACAAAAGCUCACACCUGGUGCCAGGAGAUCCUGGAGGACAAGAACCAGCUGCUGCAGCUCUUUAACAG